CAUGGUACCCGUAGCAUUGUGUUCGGAGAUGAGCGAAGAUGUCCGCCAUGUUUGUGCUCUUGUUUUCGACGCCAAGCGAGUCAUGAUUUUCAGCAAUGCCGAAAGAUAAGCAUGAAAAUAACGAAUACCGGAGGAAUUACUCUAUUAUGAGCCCUGAAGAUGUGGCUGCAGGAAAGAAAUCAUCGUGGAGUGAGUUGGAAAUUACUGCUCCGAUCAGAAACUUGAGCCCAAAUCUUUGGCAGCUGCAGUUUUUGACGGCGUUGUUUUUGAACGAUAAUAACUUAACCAGGAUUCCCCCUGAUAUAUCCAGACUCUGCAACCUAAGACACCUAGAUGUUUCUUCCAACAAACUACGAAGUUUGCCCGCAGAAAUGGGAGAUCUGGUCACAUUACGAGAGCUGCUUUUGAGCAACAACGGCUUGCGGGUUUUGCCCAACGAACUUGGCAAACUUUUUCAGCUGCAAACCCUAGGACUUUCUGGAAACCCCUUACCACAGGAAAUAUUAAACCUUAAUGCAGAAGUGAACGGUACAACCAAGCUUUUGGCUUACAUGUUGGACAAUUUAUCCGUAUGUCCUGCCCCUCCUGAGAGACAAUGGAUACAGCUUGUUCCAGAACGACCAAGACAUAGAUCUAGUGGGAAUUUCAGCGUCAUGUGUUUUAACGUGCUGUGUGAUAAAUACUGCACGUCUCAGCAGUAUGGUUACUGCCCUACAUGGGCUCUAAACUGGGAUUAUAGGAAAACAGCAAUUAUGAAAGAGAUUCUUCACUAUGGAGCUGACAUUGUCAGUUUACAGGAAGUCGAGACGGAACAGUUUCACAACUUCUUCCUGCCUCAGUUGAAGCAGGAUGGUUACAAUGGGAUCUUUAGUCCCAAGUCAAGAGCAAGGACGAUGUCUGAGGAUGACAGAAAACAUGUUGAUGGCUGUGCCAUAUUCUACAGAACAACAAAGUUUACAAUGGUAAAGGAGUUCCUGACGGAGUUCAACCAGCUAGCCAUGGCUAAUGCCCAAGGCUCGGAUGACAUGUUAAAUCGUGUAAUGACCAAGGAUAACAUUGGUAUUGCUGUGUUGCUGGAGCUGAAAGACACUGGGUACAUUGGGUACAAUGGGGGCCAACAGGUCCUGGUAUCCAAUGCUCAUAUUCACUGGGACCCUGAGUUCAGGGACGUCAAGCUCAUUCAGACCGUGUUGCUGAUGCAUGAGCUGCAGAUGAUCUUGAAGCAGUAUAUUCCAGGGUUCCACCCACAUGGAGGCAAGAAUGGCACAACACCCUCCAAGUCCAUACCCAUCGUCCUGUGCGGUGAUCUGAACUCGCUACCCAACUCGGGCGUCAUUGAGUUCCUGGACAACGGGCGUAUCCCCAUAGACCACUGCGAUUUCCAGGAGAUGCAGUACCAGGGUUUUCUUUCCCGGCUGAGCAACGGCAGCAGUAAGAAUGGCGACACGUGUGGGGAGCUGACCCACGGGCUCAGGCUCAAGAAGGCGUAUGACGGCGACCAUCAGCUCCCCUUCAGUAACCUCACCUACGAGUUCAAAGGUGUGAUCGAUUAUGUGUAUUACAGCUACGAUACGCUUUCACCCUUAGGCGUCUUAGGCUCUGUCAACCCCGACUACAUCUCGGAGAACAAGAUCAUUGGUUGGCCCCACCCGCACUUCCCGUCCGACCAUCAAGCGCUGCUUGUGGAAUUCGAAGUCUACGGGACGGUACCAAGGUUUGGAUUUGGGCAGAAUUCUAAUCACCUAUCCAGGUAGUCUUGGCGAAUCGCAAUCUUGUAUAUUUGUAACUAGGGAUGUGAAGCCAGACAACUGAAUCGCGGAUUUAGACUAUCCAUGAUUCGUUCCCAGGCAAAGAGAGUUUUCCAGGCACUGCUUUUAAAAUCGAAUUGCAUCUAACUCUAGUAGUUGCGUUAUCACUUCUGCUGCUGUUACCACGUUUGUGUGUGUAGUCUUCCCGUGCGCUACAAUCUCGAAUAUUUUUAACGCCUGAGUAGGAGGCAAAGAUGUUCUUUUUUGAUAUUUUAACUAAAUGUUAUCCUCCAGCAAAAUAAAUAGCAUUUUGUCGUUUAUAAGUAAGAAUUUUUGUAUCUCAGUUUUAUAAUUUUGUGUAGCUUUCAUUGUUUGUAAAUAUUAAAUACCUUUCAUAUACGGCAUUUUUUUAUAAAGCUUUCCAGAUGUUCUGAGGAUCGCCUUGUUCAUGUUAUUUGUUUAAGUUCCUCCUUUGUUUUCUGCUUUACUUUACGCGUCGUCGCGAAAAGAGUUCUGGGUAGCAUUUCAGCAGGGAAACCGUUUUUGCAAGAGUUCAUCCUCCUUUUCACGGAAAUCUGUGUUUCCAGGAAGACUUUGCAAACGUUUGCAGCAGCAGCAGUAGUAAUAAUAUCAGUAGUUUUAAUGCACCUUGUAUUUUAGCUAGUUAUUAGAUUAACAUUGUAACAUUGUGAACACCAAAAGACAGACGAAUUGGAGAGGCAAUUCGGACACUGGAGGGCGAAAGAGUAACAAGUAUUGUCAAGUAAUUCGCACCGAUUUUACCGCAAUUUUAAUCCAACUUUAUUCAGGCUUCGGUAUACUUCGCGAGGAGAAGAGCGAAGUUGUUUUUUUACGUUUUGUUUUAAUUUUUUUGCACAUUGGAUUACAGGGAACAUAGGCGAAAGCAUGGUGAAGGUUUAUGCUGCUUCUAGAUUAAUGAGCGUUCCAGGAAUCGUUUUUUUAUAUACUUUCUGAAAAAACUUGUGAACGCUCUUCAGAUAUUUUCUUAAUUACAAGAUGUUAAAAAUGCAAACACCUGUAAUUUUUAUUUCUCAUUCCAUUCUUCCAUCUAUUCCCGAUGCCGCGAUAUAUCUAUAAUCUCUCGGAAACUUCCGAGAACUGUUUUGGAAGCAGCAUCAAUCGUGUAACGUGAAAUAGCCUCGCAGUGCACCCUGAGAAUGCUAUCACGUGACUUGUUAAAGAUGUCACGCUGCUUAGCUUGCGUCGCAUCAACCGUGACGUAACGGUGAUCCCGGCAAACACUGCGGUCUCAUAGAUUUUGUACGUGAGGAUCACGUGCAUAUCGCGUGCCAAACACAUAUGUGGAUAUUUAUAAUCUUGCGUCGUUUUCGUCCGUGUGUUUAAUUCACGAGCUGUCGCGGUUUUUGUUUCACGUUGCGUUACCUUUCGGGUUUUGUUUUCGCGUUGCGUGACUCACGUGACAGGGAUGAUGUGCUUUGGAUAAGGUUUUCUGUUUGGAAAAGAAAGGAGCGAUCACCUUCGCCUGUAAGCAAGGGGAUCAGGUUAAUAAAGAGGGUAACUUUCCAGAGUUUAUAGUAUCUAGUUAUUUUAGGUUUUGCUGUUCUUCUUAUAAUUGUAAACAAAGCACGCGUUCUUCCAACUUCUUUCUCAUAACUUUGUAUUUAUAUAUUGUUGUCGCGCGAAUGUAAAUAUACCCGAAUUCACGCUUAUAUAUUCAAUCUUACAUUGUAUUGGGGGACCGUUUUCACCUAUCGCUUUUCCGCUCGUACAAUUGUAUUCAAUCACAGUUGAAUGGGUUCCGGGUGAGCCAAUCCGAAUCCGCUAUUUAUACUUGAUGUGAUUGGUGAUUGUUCGCAAAUCUCGACUACUUGAUUUCUGUCCCCAAAUAACAUAACUGAUCUAUUUACUUACGAAGCGUCUUACUUAGAAGAUAAGUUGAGAGAUGUAAAUAAGAUUUCCCACUAACGUUACCUACUUUUAUACUUCAUGAUUCGUAAAGAAACAUUUUGAUCAAUAUAACUCAAUACAAACUGUUCGAGGCCACAAGUGAAGGUCUCUUUACCUUUUAACCUGUAGAAUACAAUUCUAUUUACGUGUAUAGAACAGAGCCUACCGAAUUUGUUAAGGUAAACAAGUUUUUAAGGUGAACUUUUAAGCCAACUCUACACGGAUAGACCAGGUGCUCCUAAGAUAUCAAGAUAGUGUAAAUAAGUGUGCGACAGUGUGAGCGAGCCAAGUCAUAUGUCGGCGCGGCUUUGAAAUUUCGAUGUAAUGAGAGCAAAGCUCUCUAUCUAAGACGUGGACAGCGAAGAUAUGUUUGAAAUGAUUCCUUAGACCUAGUUUCCACCGCAGUCGUUCUGACAUGUCGCGCAUCGGCGAAUCGAGUCUAACAUUCGAUCAACGUUUUCACUGUUUACGUGUAAUAGCUGAUAUUUUUUUUCUAAUAACAAGGAUUACUACUCGGCAUUUCGUAAAGCAGCAUUCGACAAAUGGCUUCGCUCGCGUUUCAAAGUUACCCUAAAGAUAGCAGAUAAAUGUGAAUGACACGGAAUGAUCGCAAGUGGGGGUUUGCACAUACACAUUGACACUUUGUCGUCUCACUCACAGAACCUGUAUACUGCUCAGAUUGAUAAUUACAUGCCAAAUGAAACUGUUCAAAGAACAUUCAGUACGUCGGGAUGGACCAUUAGUUAUCCAUUAUAAGGAUUGGGCUUAUUGUGUGUUCCAUUUUGGCCUUUCUUUUCUCGUCACGAACACAUCCUGAAGAGUAAGUUCGUGCAGUGAAAGCUGUGUUCGAAAUUCCUUGUUAUUUGACUUACCCCGUCCCUUUGAAUAUAUAAUGGUCUAUUUCACGCACAGACGACUUACCUUAUUUGGUACAUGGUCCGAUUUCUAUAAAGAAUACUUGUGCUUGGUUUUUGAUUCGAUAACAUUAUUUAUCAUUUAGAUUAGUAUAUCUGCAUCUAAUAACGGCUCCCAAAACAUUAAUUCUGCAUUUUAUACAUUAUUUUACGACUAAACUUAAGAUAUAGAUUUUGAUUAAAAAUAAAGGCAUUCAUGUGUAUGUAAGUUAGGCCAAGCGUUAGUUAAGUUUUGUUCUAGUAUGAUUAUUUAGCUAUAAAGAUGACUAAACAUGUGAGUUUCACGGAGGCAUUAUGGAUUCUAGCAGUAUGUAGGUUUCUUUGUGUUUCAGAUUACUCGCAUUAGUAUAUAAUGACCUGUCAAUCACCCCCUGAGGCAUCCGGGGGCGUGGCUAUGACAGUUUUUAUCCUUCACAUUAUGGACAAAAAAUAAAUGUCCUUGAUCUCGCA